AUGGCAACCACGUUUAAAGGAAUUCGCAAGAGUUUUAAGUACAUUACUCAGAUAUUUGUUGUUAAGGAGAGGGAGAUGGAAAUUGGGUACCCGACAGAUGUUAAACAUGUGGCUCAUGUUGGAUGGGAUGGUCCCUCAGGGAAUGGACCUAGUUGGAUGGAUGAUUUUAAGAAAGUUCCUGAUUUUUCAACAUCGAUUGGUAACUUGGGUGAAAUUAGCGACUCUGAUCCUACGGCUGUUACUUCGUUAUGGUCCUCCCUAGAAAGUCAACAAUCAUCGAGCAUAUACAAUGGUCUCUCAUCUGUUGCAGGGAAUCCUAGUAUUCGAGAGAAGCCCAAGCAGAAAAAGCUUAAGUCGCCUUCCUCUUCCCGGUCGCCAUCUUCUUCAUCAAGACGAUCAAGAGCGUCAAAGUCAAAGGCUUCGUUCAACAACGAGAGAGAAGCAACACCAAUUGCUCUGGUGUAG